AUGCUCAAAGGUUUAAGAAAAAAGGCAUCAAUAUUGUCCUUGGGUUCCAUGACCUCCCAACAAUCAACAUCCUCAGUGAUAAACUCAGAAUCCAACUAUGACAAAAUAUUGACUCAGGUGUAUGAUUUCGAAAUAGCGCUUAAGGCCAUGGACUAUUUAUUGGACGAUAGAACCAAAACAGGCACGGAUUUGUUGCAGAAUGAAGCAUCAAAGAACAGCAAUUCUGAGCAACCACAUGCAAUUUUCCCAUUAGCUUUAGGAGUAAUGGAAUUUAUCGAAGCUACGUUAGGAUUUGAACCUGAAGUUAUGGAAAAAGCUCAUAAAACGUUGUCAGAAGCAGAGAAUGCCUCAUUGAAUAAUUCAAAAUAUAACCUCAAGUACCAAUUGGCCACAUCCAUGAUUUAUCCCCCAGGUACGGAGUUUCAGGUGACGUUUGCUGAGUCUACUUUGUUAAAUGCAUUAUUGAUGUUAUUAACGGAAAACAACGGGAUGGUGGAAAGUGCCAAGGCCUUGUUUAAGUUACGUCGUGCUUAUCAAACUUUGGAUGCUGUGUAUAAAAAAAUUAAAGAACUGGAACCACUAUUCAACAAAAACUUGGCCAAAUUGAAAAAAGAAGCAGCAAUGCAAGGCAAUGGCGUUAAGUCAAACAACAUUAUAACCACAGAAAACUUUUCUAUAAGCACUGUGGAUCUACCUGGUUACAGCUCUCAAACAAGUUCCACAAGUUCCUUACCGCAAGAUAUUUCGUUGAUGAAAAAUUUAGAAAAAAUUUAUAUGAUGAGAAAAUCCCGAAUUGAAGGAGCUACUUUAGCGAAUAAUGUGAAUCCUGAGCGUGUUAACUUGUUUGAAGACCUGAAUAGCUCUUUAACUUUGGCUAAACAAAGUAAUUCCAAGUACGAGGAACAACGAGUUGAUAAUGCUAAUAACAACAACAAUGUUGGUGAUGAUGAUGAUGAUAGUAGUAGCAGUGACAACGAGUAUUGCGAUGCUCUGGAAGAGUUUGAUACUGAAGAUACUCUCAAUCUCCCCCCACCACAAAUUCACUCUAGUGCACAGUCUGUGCUUUCAUCAAUUGAAACAUCACCAAGUCUGACACAAAACUCUUCCGACAAUCAUUUGCACGUGUCAACCAUUGAUGAAUAUAUUCAUUCUGGUGUUCAAUUAUGUUUCGGGAUAUUGCAAGUUGUCUUGUCUUUGAUCCCACCUGCCAUUGGGAAAGUGUUGUCAAUUGUUGGUUUUAAAGGAGACAGAGAGGUUGGUUUAAGGUUGUUAUGGAGAACUGCUAUUACAUGUAGAAAUAUUCAUGGUGAAUUGGCAUUAUUAUUUAUUCUAGUGUUUUAUGAUGGGCCAGUGCAGUUUGUUGAUAAUGGAUUCCGCUUGCCAGAUCAAGGAAAUGACAAAAAGAUCCUCUCAUUGGAUAACAAGGCAACUGUUUCUGAAGCAGAGUUGGAUAUAAUUUUGGAGAGACCAGAAUUGUACACGAGUCAGCUAUUGCGCAGAGCCAGAAGAAUGUUCCCUCAUAAUGCUCUUUGGAUAUUACAGGAAGGCAGAAUGUUGGCGGCAGAAGGCGAUUUGGUUUUGGCUACCAAAACAAUGCAGGAUUUCACUGAUGAUCCAGCCAACGAAAUUCAAAUGCAACAGGCUGAGGCAUUGUUGAUUUUUGAUCGUGCGACUAUUUAUAUUUAUCAACACGAGUACGACAAUGCAGCCAGGGAUUUAAUUUAUUUGAUUGAUAUUAACUCGUGGUCCAAAGCUGUCUAUUUGUUUAUGGCUGCCUCAUGUUAUUUGGAAAAGUAUAGAAUGAUCAAAAUGGAUAUCACUUCAGUCGACAAUAAAGAAUCAGAAAUGGCCAAGUACUCCUCGCUUUUCGAUAAAUAUCUUGAUCUUGCAUUGAGUUAUGUGCCUGGUCAUGGCCACAAUGCUGUUGGUAAGAAAGGUGGUAUUGGUGGAAGCAAUAAGCAAAUGCCAUUUGACAAAUUCUUAUUACGUAAGAGUCGACAUAUUGAUGCUAGAAAAAAAAAGUAUCCAAACAUGCCUACGGCUGAUAUAGUAGGAACGUCUUUGAUUCAUGAAUUAAUCUAUUUUUGGAAUGGUUACAAUAGAAUGAGCAACCAUGAUUUGGAAAUUGCCUUGAAAUUGUUGGGCUAUUCUGGUGCUCCUAAUGGUGACUACUCUGCUAACACUAAUGAAAAGUCAUAUGCCUUGAUAGAAGAAACUGAAGACGAAGCGAUGAUUCGAUACUUUUUGCAAGGAGUAACUUUGAGGCAGUUGGGUAAUAUCAAUGAUGGGUUGGGGUUAUUAGAUAACCAUGUUAUUUCCAAGUAUGUCAUUUCUGAACCUCUUCAUCAAUUUAGGUUCCACAAAAUGACAUACAGUCCAUAUAUUUAUCCAACUGCAUUGUACGAGAAAACAAUGUUUGUUUGGCUAUUGAGGACUAAAAAUGCUGCCAAAUUGGAUGUACAUCAGGCUGUCCAAGAAAGUAAAAGCUGGCUUAAACGGGCAGAGAUUGUGGGUGAAGGUGAUUACGAAUUGAGUAAUAGAACUGGUAUGAGAAUAAAAGCUGCUGCUGAUAGAUUAGAGCAACUAGCAACUCUUUAG